AAAGAUGUACAACGUCUCUCUGCAGAGCAUGCGACAGAGCACGCGCAAAGCGCGUUUCUCUUAUCCUAAAACGCCGUCGUAUAAUUGAGGCAGAAACCAAAAUCCAGACUUAAGUGAGGAAAUACGUUGACUACGUACACAGAGCGUAUGAGCGCAGUAUAUGUAUGAAUCUCUACCAUCUGUGUAGCUCUGUGCGUCGUUUUCUCCGGCAAAAGCCCUGAAGACAACUGCCCCUCUCUCUCUCCCUCUCUCUCUCUCUCUCAACUUGUCCUCAUCGCACACGCACUCACACAGGCGCACGCGUCACUGCGAACGAAAAAACAAAACUCUCCCUUUCUUUCUCUCUCUAAAGCGCACAGUUUUCUUUUAUUCCUUUUCCUGCUUGCUAAAUGGCUGGUUGUCGCAAGCUACAACAAUGAAGAUUACCGCAAAACCGCAUUCCACGGCGACAUUUCCAGCCAACUAUAUUACUUCCAAAGCUCAGAACCCGCAGCCUCAUCCAGAUCUCAAAACCGCUCUCAAGCCUCGACGUAGGACCCGGAAUCCUAGUCUUGUCCGAUCGAAGAGAACCAGAACUCCCGUUGGGAGGCGGAGCCGACCAGAGACGCCUUUUCUCAAAUGGAAGAUCGAAGAUAGGGAGAGAAAUGCUCGACUUGGAGAUGAUGACGACGUGCUAGAGGAGAAGCUUGAGAAUGGUGCCCGUAAAGGUCGCCGGAAAAUCUCGAGGGCGGUGUCUGCAAGGAAGCUGGCAGCUGGAUUGUGGCGCUUACAGCUUCCGGAGACUUUGGCCGCCGGCACCGGUGAGAGGAGGAGAGAUCGAUCAGGGUUUCAGCCUGGUGCUGGUCACGUGGGCAUCUCAUUUAUAACUCUUCACAGCGGGAAAGCUAACGGUUCUGAAGUACAGGAUCCAUCGCAAAGUCCUAGUUCUGUGUCUGGUAUGAAGAAUAGAUUCUUGUGUAAGCUUGAACCUUCCUUUCAGUUUUCCAACUCAGCAAUGGAGAGCGCAACUAAGUGGGACCCUGUCUGCUUGGAAACAUUAGAUGAGGCUCGACAGAUUUACAGCCACAUGAAGCGUCUUGAUCAACAAGUUACUGCUGUAUCAGUAGUUUCUGCACUUGAAGCUGAGCUAGAGCAGGCCCGUACACGCAUUCAGGAGCUUGAGGCUGAGCGCCGAUCCUCAAAAAAGAAACUGGAGCACUUUUUGAACAAAGUCAGUGAAGAAAAAGCUGCUUGGAGGAGCAGAGAGCAUGAGAAAAUUCGUGCAUUUAUUGGUGACAUUAAAGCUGAUUUGAACCGCGAAAGGAAAAAUCGCCAAAGGUUGGAAAUUGUAAAUUCCAAAUUGGUUAAUGAGCUGGCUGAUGCGAAGGUUUCGGCAAAGCGAUUUAUGCUGGAUUAUGAAAAAGAAAGAAAGGCCAGAGAAUUGGUUGAGGAAGUAUGCGAUGAGCUUGCUAAGGAAAUUGGAGAGGACAAGGCUGAAGUUGAAGCAUUAAAGAGAGAAUCAUUGAAACUGCGGGAGGAAGUGGAUGAGGAAAGGAAGAUGUUGCAGAUGGCUGAGGUAUGGCGUGAAGAGCGUGUUCAAAUGAAGCUGGUUGAUGCAAAGGUGGCACUUGAAGAGAAGUAUUCUCAAAUGAACAAGCUUGUAGCAGAUUUAGAAAAUUUUCUAAGAUCUAGAGGUGCAGCCCCAGAUUUGAAGGAAAUGAGAGAAGCAGAAUCACUUAUACAUGCUGCUGCCUCUGUUAGCAUUCAGGACAUAAAGGACUUCACAUAUGUGUCACCUAACCCAGAUGAUAUUUUCUCUGUUUUUGAAGAAGUUAAUUCUGGUGAACCUAAUGAGAGGGAGAUUGAGCAAUGUGUUGCUUACAGUCCUGCCAGCCACGCCUCAAAAAUUCAUACCGUGAGUCCUGAAGUGAACAUGAUAAACAAGGAUGGCAGCCAUAAGCAUUCUGAUGUAUUUGUUGACCAGAAUGGCGAUAUAGAAGAUGAUGAGAGUGGGUGGGAAACUGUGAGCCAUCUUGAGGAUCAAGGGUCAAGUUACUCACCAGAAGGGAGUGUCCCAUCUUUCAACAAGAAUCCCCGGGAUAGCAAUGUCUCAGGGAGUGGAACAGAAUGGGAAGAUAAUACAUUUGAUGAAACCCCAUUUACUGAAAUCAGCGAACUCUGUUCUGUGCCAACAAGACAGCCAAAGAAGGUUUCAUCCAUUGUGAAGCUAUGGAGAUCGUGCCCAAACAAUGGGGAUAACUGCAAAAUAAUCUCAGUAGAUGGGAUGAACAGUAGGCCUUCUAACAGAACGAAAUCUAAUGGGGGCAUUAUGUCUCCUGAUAGAGGGUCAGCUAAAGGUGUACUCAGCCCAGAUUUUGUUGGGCAGUGGAGUUCACCUGACUCAGGUAACCCUCACAUAGGUCGAGGAAUGAAAGGUUGUAUUGAAUGGCCACGUGGAGCGCAGAAGAACAGCUUGAAAGCAAAGCUUAUGGAGGCAAGGAUGGAGAGCCAGAAAGUCCAAUUGCGCCAUGUUCUUAAACAGAAGAUCUAGAUGUAGUAAUUGCAGAGAAAGCCAGAUGGAAAUAAGUAGUGUCAUAUCCGACCAUGCAGGAGGUAGCUCUUUUUCUUGAUGUAAAUGCUCAAAAAGGAUAAAAAUGUAUCAUCGGCUUCAUGGACUGAAGCCCCAUUUGGUAUACAUGUAAUGCUUUUUGGCUAAA